AUGCCUGCGCAAGCCUCUUCGAAACAUGCGUUGAAAACCUCCCUCCAAACUGCAUACGCUGCCGCCAGCGCCGAACAGCCAUCUUCACUCCCAACUCGAGAAGAACAAGAUAAAUACCUCGAAGGUCGCCCUCGUGCGACUACUCACCACCUAGGAAUCGCCCUUCAACAUGCGCAUCAGAUUCAGGCACAGAAAGAUGCGGAGGAAAUGAUCCUGGACCGCAUCAUCGAACUUCUCGCGCUUCCCUCCUCUCCAUCCGCCGACCCAGCAACACCCUCCCCACAAGACGCCCAGCUAUUCAAAUCAGCAUUAUAUCCAUUCCGACCAAGCGACUAUGAUAGUCUCGUGGAAGAACGAAAUAAUGAGGAUUUAUGCGGCUAUGGCCUUUGUCCCCGCAAAAAUCGCAAAGACCAUUAUGGCCAAGGCCAAUCGUUCCGAUUCAAAUAUGGUGCUAAAGGGACUGGACCUGGUGGCCGCGGGCGCAGCGUGGAUAUUGUGCCCAGCGACAACAUCGAGAAAUGGUGCUCUGACCAGUGUGCUGAACGCGCUCUCUACAUUCGCGUACAACUAGGCGAAAGGCCAGUAUGGGAGAGGCGGGCGAAUGACACCCAUGCCAAAAACAUCCAAUUGCUCGAAGAAGGUCGUGCCAAAUCACAGAAAUCCAAGGUUGAGAGUUCAAAGGCCGCGUUGCGCACUCCUCAGCUGGACGGAGGUGGUGACAUGAUGGCUGGUAUGAGGAACUUGAAUAUCCAGGACAACGAGCGCUCUGAGGAGCUUGCUUUGGAGCGCGGUGAUACGGGUCGUAUACACCGUCAUGGCCGCGUUGGUGUCCACGUCAAGGAGAAUGAACUUAGCGAGCAUUCUUCUGCCAGUGCCCCGCAGCCGCGGCCGGAAGAUGCCCUGGGAGGAUCCAUUGAAGGAUAUGUGCCGCAGGAUCGGCGAGACAAAGAGUCCACUGCAAACCAGGCAGAUCUACUUGAUCAGAUCUGA